AUGGCCACCACCGUCUCCCCCUCGAGCGUGCUGCCCGCCCAGCAGGAGCAGAAAGCGACCAUCGAGACGCCCCCCAGAGCGCCGUCGCCCGUCCAUCGCUUUGGCACCAGAGCCGUCCACACCGGCGCGCCCAUCGAGCCGACCACCGGCGCCGUCAUUGCUCCCAUCUCCCUGUCGACCACCUUCAUACAGCACAGCCUGGGCAAGCCCAUCGGCGACUACGAGUACACCCGAAGCUCCAACCCCAACAGAGACAACUUUGAAGCCGCCGUUGCGGGCCUCGAGAACGCCCGCUAUGCGCUCGCCUUCUCCUCCGGCUCUGCCACCACCGCCAACAUCCUCCAGUCGCUCGCCGGCGGCUCCCACGUCGUCUCCAUCUCGGACGUCUACGGCGGCACCCACAGAUACUUCACCAAGGUCGCGGCCGCCCACGGCGUCGAGGUCACCUUCACGCCCACUAUCGAGACCGACGUGGCCAAGCUGAUCCGCCCCAACGAGACCAGGCUCAUCUGGAUCGAGUCUCCGUCCAACCCGACCCUGGGCCUCGUGGACAUCCGCGCCGUUGCGACCAUUGCUCACCAGCACGGCAUCCAGGUUGUGGUGGACAAUACCUUCCUGAGCCCCUAUAUCCAGAACCCGCUUGACCAUGGAGCCGACAUCGUCAUCCACUCCGUCACCAAAUACAUCAACGGCCACUCG